AUGCCUCGAGCGAGACACCGGAAGACGGCUUCACAGGCCAGGAUCGGCUCGAAGCCUGAACUGAUGAAGUCGUCCAGACAUAUGUACGAGCGGGAGCCAGCAAACUAUGGCCUCUUCGUCCAGCUUGUUCGCAGCUUUCUCAUAGUUGCCUGGUUCUGCUGCUGCUGCACCUGCAUCAUCGUCGCCCAGGUUGUCGGCCUGCCGCUCUACGUCAUCAAGAAAGAGUACUUCAAUGCAUGGAUCGCCCUGACCAAGGAGUCCUUUGGCCUCGCCAUCACGGCCUUGACUGAGUGGAGUGCCCCAACUCCUGUGCGCAUCAGCGGUGAUCGCAGCGUACUUGGCCAGGUCACUCUCACAUCCAACGGAGGCAUCAAGACUAACUUCCCUGACCGUCUGGUCCUGAUCGCAAACCACCAGGUCUACACUGACUGGCUGUACCUCUGGUGGGUGACCUACACCAAUAAGAUGCAUGGCCACAUCUAUAUCAUCCUCAAGGAGUCACUCAAGUAUAUCCCUUUGGUCGGCCAGGGGAUGACCCUCUACGGGUUCAUCUUCAUGGCCCGCAAGUGGAUGGCAGAUAAGCCACGGCUGCAGCAUCGUCUGAGCAAACUCUCCGUCAAGCGUGCAGAGUCUUCCUCCGGCAAUCCUCUAUUCGAUCCCAUGUGGCUGCUGAUCUUCCCCGAGGGAACAAACCUGUCACUGCAUACCAAAGAUGUCAGUGAUGCUUAUGGAAAGAAGAAGGGUAUCCCUCCUCUCAAGCAUGAGCUUCAUCCACGCUCUACGGGCCUGUUUUUCUGUCUGCAGCAACUUAGAGGAACAGUAGGCCAUGUAUACGACUGUACUAUGGCAUAUGAAGGCCCACCGAAGGGAAGCUUCCCUGAUAGCUACUUCACCAUUCGCUCGACCUAUCUCAAGUGUCGCCCACCAAGAGUUGUUAACUUUUACUGGAGGCGCUUUGCAUUCGAGGAUAUCCCUCUGGAGAACCAAGAGGAAUUUGAAGCCUGGCUAUUCGAGCGUUGGGCCGAGAAGGACCAACUCUUGGACACAUUCAUUGAAACUGGCAAAUUCCCACCCUUUGAAGAUGCCGAUCUAGUGGAGAUGGAUCCAAACAACCCUGACAUUCAGACAACCUCCGGCAAGAAUCACGGAUACGUCGAAGGUGAAGUCCGCCUUAAUUAUUGGGCCGAGAUUUGCAGAGUCUUCGCCGUUCCUGCGCUUAUUGCAUUCCUCAUCCACGUUUACCGGCGGUAUUGCUGA